AUGAAGUCCUUUGUCACCGCCCUGUCUGUGGCCGCCGUUGCCCAGGCCUCCAUCAAGGUCGGCACCAUCCAUCACGAAUCCGCUCCCAUCCUCGAAGCCUCCAACGCCGACGCCAUUUCCGGCUCCUACAUCAUCAAGUUCAAGGAUCACGUGGAUGCCUCCAAGGCCGACCGUCAUCACGGCUGGAUUCAGAGCAUCCACGAGGCUUCCAACGACGAUCAGCUUGAGCUCCGCAAGCGUGGUGUGUCUGAUAUUUUCACUGGCAUGAAGCACACCUACAACAUUGGUGACUUCCGUGGCUACGCCGGCCACUUUGACGACGAUGUCAUCGAGCAAAUCCGCAACCAUCCCGACGUUGAGAUGAUCGAGCGUGACACCAUGGUCCACACUAUGUUGCCCGCUGGCAUCAAGCAUGCUAUUGCUGAGGACAAGUGUGACGGCGAGGUUGAGAAACAGGCUCCUUGGGGUCUUGCCCGUAUCUCCCACCGUGACACCCUCGGCUUUAGCACCUACAACAAGUACCUCUACAGCGGUGAGGGUGGUGAGGGUGUUGAUGCCUAUGUUAUCGACACCGGUACCAAUACCGAGCAUGUUGACUUUGAGGGUCGCGCCGAAUGGGGUAAGACCAUUCCUCGUGGCGAUGUUGAUGAGGAUAAAAACGGCCACGGCACCCACUGCUCCGGUACCAUUGCCGGUAAGAAGUACGGUGUUGCCAAGAAGGCCCGAGUCUAUGCCGUCAAGGUCCUCGGAUCUAACGGCUCCGGCACCAUGGCUGAUGUCAUCAAAGGCGUCGAAUGGGCCCGUGACAACCAUCUUGCCCAGGUUAAGGCUGCCAAGGACGGUAAGCGCAAGGGCUUCAAGGGCUCUGUCGCCAACAUGUCCCUCGGUGGCGGCAAGGUGAACCUGCUCGACGCUGCUGUUAACGCUGCUGUUGACUCUGGUAUCCAUUUCGCUGUUGCCGCCGGUAACGACAAUGCCGACGCCUGCAACUACUCUCCAGCUGCCGCCACCAAGGCCGUCACUGUUGGAGCUUCUGCCCUGGAUGAUUCUCGUGCCUACUUCUCCAACUACGGAAAAUGCACUGACAUCUUUGGCCCUGGCUUGAGCAUCAAGUCCACCUGGAUUGGCACCAAGUACGCCGUUAACACCAUCUCCGGCACCUCCAUGGCCUCCCCCCACAUUGCUGGCCUCCUUGCCUACUACGUCUCUCUUCAGCCUGCUGAGGAUUCCGAGUUUGCCGGCCCUUCGCUCACUCCUAAGAAGCUCAAGGACAGCCUCCUCUCCAUUGCCACCGAGGGCAUUCUUACUGAUAUCCCCGCCAACACACCCAACCUGCUUGCCUGGAACGGCGGUGGCUGCUCUGACUACAAGAAGAUCAUUGAGGCUGGCGGCUACAAGGCUACCAAGGGUGCCAAGGCGGCCAAGGCCAAGUCUUCUCCUGCUGCAUCCAUGCCAUCCACUAUCGAGGAGCUCGAAGCCGCCAUCGAGAACGACUUCAACAUGCUCUCCGGCAAGGUCCUUGGCGGUGCCAAGUCUCUCGCCAACGAGGCUGAGAAGCUUAGCCACAAGAUUCAGCACCUUGUUGAGGACGAGAUCAACGAGUUCCUCUCUGAAAUGAACUAG